AUGGGUUUAAAAUUAGCAUGUAGAAAGGUGAUACAUCAGGAUAAACCUGGUUUCUAUGAAGUUAAACUGAAGGAGUUUAAUCCAGUGAUAGAUGCAGAGUUCUACAUUAGAAAGUGUGAAGACAAGGAGGGUUUUGCUGUUAAAGAAAUAACUCCAGAGAUAGGAAAAGGAGUGUUUACCAGCAGAAAUUUUAAGAAAGGAGAUUUUCUUCUUGAAUAUGAAGGAGAGUUGCUUUCCAGUGAAAAAGGUGUCAGUAGGCUGGACGAACAUGUGGCAAGUGGCAUUGGUUGUUAUGUGUUUUUUUUCAAAAAUAAAGAUGAAAAAAAAUUGAGCAUUGAUGGCACAUAUUCUAGGCUUAAAGCCAGAUAUGUAAAUGAUGGUAUAGGUAUUGAAAAAAAUUCUGUUAUGAAAAGAAUUGAUGUUGAUGACAGCCCCCACUUGGCUUUAUUUGCUGUUAGGGAUAUAAAAACAGGAGAGGAACUCCGUUAUGAUUAUGGGGAAGCAUCUAAGUACCUGCCAUGGAGGAAGAAUUCAAAAAUCACCAAUGUAGCAAGAUUUUCAUCUAAAUUUCAUUUACAGUCUACAACAAAUACAGAUGAAGCAUCUUAUGAUAAAGGCAGUCUUCCAAAUCUUAAAAUAGAGUGUGAGUUUGUAAAGACACAAAUUCCUCUUAUCUGUCACUCCAAUGAUGAUACAGCACAUGAUUCAAGUCAAGAUGAUAAUCACUUCCAGGCUGAUGACCUAGAGUUGCAUGAUCCUUCAAGUUCUGGGAGCAGUCAAUCAACAAAUCCUGCAGAUUCUAGUUCUAGUAAUGGUUCUCUUAAAUCACAAGACAGUAGUGUACAUCAUGAAGAUAAUGGAAGUACUAAUGUACAUAGUUCAUAUAUUCAGUUACAUGGCAAGUCAACAGACCCUGGAAAAUCUUCUGAGGUGCUUUCUGCUGACAAUAAUCCACCAUCAUUGGAUGACCUUGACCUACUUUCAACAAAGCAGAAAAUACUAAAACAUACUGAAAGGAAUGAUUUUAAACAAGGCAGUUUAUUGUGUAAGUAA